AUGCAUUCAAUAUAUCAAGAAAAUGGCGAGAAUGAACUCACUUCGCUGCCAUCAACUGAUAAUGAGGAGCUGAACGAUGAGAAAGCAUCAGAACAGGCUGAAGAAGAAUUCAUGCGUCGCGCUGGUUUGAUUUCGCAGGGCAGUUUGGANGAGAAAGUCUCAUCAAGUGAAUCAGAUAUGAUCGCCACGGAACUAUCGGAUUUGGUGAAUUACGUUCGAGCAAUGGGCAAACUCACAUCGUUUGAGAUCAGCGAAAGUUUGUGA